UCCCUCCUUUCAAUGUCCUCCCUCAUAUGUCUUCUGCUUGCAAUGCGGGAUGAUGUCUGCUGCUUUGAGACUUAGAAGAAUGUCACCUCACAGGAUUGCUCUUGUAACCCUUGUGUUCCUUAUGCUGCCAUCUCAGGGAUCUACAUUAACAAAUGACUCUCCAUUUCUUCUGAUGAACAAAGCUUCUGGGUUUUGCUUGGUAAAAAGAGGCACCCGCUGCACGGAAGUUCGCUGGACGACUGGUAACCGACUUUUAGUGGUUCUGACCAAAAAGUGCCUCGGAGCUGAAGGUGAAAGUGUGGGGAGCGAGGUUAGCCAGCAUGACUGUGAUGAAAAGAACACCCUGCAGAUGUGGGAGUGCAGGAAUGGAACGCUGCUUGCUCUCAAAGACAAGCCAUUCUAUAUUCAGGUCAAACCUGAUGAGUCGAUUGUUCUGUCCAAAACUGUUGGGCCAUACAACCACCUCACCAUUACGGGAACAUCUAGUGGUGCCUGCACAAGAACACACAGAGAGUUGUACACCAUUGGAGGGAAUGCUUUUGGAAAAAUCUGCAUGUUUCCCUUCUUGUACAAAGACCGGUGGUAUGGAGACUGCACAACGUAUGACUCCAAAGUGAAGCGCAGUUGGUGUGCAACUGAAACCAAAUUUCAAAAUGAAAAGUGGGGUUACUGCCCAUCUUCUUCCACAGAGCACUGGAGCAAGAAUAUUGUUACCGGAGCAUAUUACCAGGUGAACCAGCAGUCAGCUCUGACCUGGGCACAGGCUGACACCAGUUGCAAACAGCAGGCUGCAUCUCUGGUUAGUAUAGUUGAUCCCAUCGAGAAAGCCUUUAUCACAGCAUUAACAGCAACAGGAAGGAACAAGGUCUGGAUCGGGCUGGUUUUGGACUCAGAACAUGGCUGGCAGUGGACUGAUGGAAAGCCUUUUCGCUAUCUAAAGUGGGAUAGCGGACACCCACUUCCAAAUCCGGGACACAACUGUGCGGUUCUUGACACUGCAGGCCAAUUCUCUUGGCAAAGUUCCUCUUGCACAAAGAAGCUUGGCUACAUCUGCUACAAAGGCGGAUCGCCACCAGCUCCUCCGCAAAUUGAGGAAGGAUUUUGCUCAAACCCUUGGAUCCCCUACAAUGGACACUGUUUUCACCUUCAGCGUAAUACAAUGUCAUGGCCUGAUGCUCAGAGAGAGUGUCGCAAAGAAGGGGGUGACCUUGUGAAUAUUCGCAAUGUGGAGGAUCAAAGCUUUGUCAUCUCACAGCUUGGAUAUGCGUCCAAUGAUGAGCUUUGGAUAGGACUGAAUGACAGAACCACUGAAGGGCUGUUUGACUGGAGUGAUUACACAACUGUCACCUUCACCAGCUGGGGAUUUGGGGAACCAACUGUGUCCAUUGAAUCAGAAGAUUGUGUUCUUAUCACAGGAGAGAAUGGAAACUGGGCAGACCGUUCCUGCGAUGAAAAGAAGGGGUUUAUUUGCAUGAAGCAAAGCGCCAUUGAAAGAACUGGAAAUGAACCAGAUUUGGACAUUGGCUGCAAAGCUGGCUGGAGAAGACAUGGUUCGUUUUGCUACUUUGUUGGAACUGAAACAAAGAGCUUUGAUGAAGCUAAUGAACACUGCAAGACUUCUGGCUCUUACUUAGCUGAUGUCUCUAAUGGGGUGGAUAAUGCCUUCCUUGUGAGUCUGGUGGGAUUGAGACCAGAGAAACACUUCUGGCUCGGUCUCUCAAAUCAGAAUAACAUUGAAGUGUUCACCUGGACCAAUACAGAGUUUGUGAGAUUCACACACUGGAAUGCUGGAAUGCCAGGUAACAACCAAGGUUGUGUUGCCAUUGCUACUGGGUUUUCAGCUGGACUCUGGGAUGUACUGCCCUGCACCAAUAAGGAGAAAUACAUCUGCAAACACAUGGCAGAGGGGGUGGUGGCAACAGUUCCACCCCCAACCCAAACUCCUCCCCAGUGUCCAGAAGGUUGGAAUCGAGUAGGAACAAGAAAUGUGUGCGCAAAGUUUUUUACAGGGCCACGAUCAGAAGAGAAAACUUGGUUUGAAGCCAGAGAUUACUGCAAAGCCAUAGGAGGAGAUCUGUUGAGCAUCCACAGUGCCUCUGAAAUGGUGUUAUCAAGUAGAGGGGGUAAAGCUUGGAUUGGACUCCAUGUUGAAGACCCCAAUACUGGUUUUGUAUGGACGGACGGGAGUGCGUUAAACUUCCAGCACUGGCAGGAAGGGGAACCGAACAAUUUUAACAAUGAUGAAUCAUGUACCGAGUUUGUGUUACACAACUGGGACGAGAACGGCUCCUGGAAUGAUCUGAACUGUGAAAGUUACAAUGACUGGUUGUGUCAGAUUCGAGCAGGAGUAGUUCCAAAGCCGCCUCCCAACAAUACAGCAGAAGAAAUUAACACCACUGUAGAUGGUUGGAUUCAGUGGAAAGGGAAACAAUAUUUUCUGAACAGAAUGUCUAAAUCUAUGGAAGAGGCUCGUGCUUUUUGCAGGGAGAGACACGGUGACUUAGUAUCAUUUACCAGUAAAGAGGAGAAUAUUUUCUUAUGGAAACAGAUAUCAAGAAGCUAUGGCUCAUGGUAUAUAGGUUUAUCAGUGGAUCUUGAUGGGUCAUUUUGGUGGAUGGAUGGUACCCCUGUGUCAUAUCAAAGAUGGGAAGAGGAUCAGCCUAAUUCUAAUGCCUUUGAUGAGAACUGUGUUACUAUGGGUUAUCAUAUGGGAUACUGGCGCACUACUAACUGUGGAAGAGAAUCUCAAUUUAUCUGUAAAAGAUCCAACUCGCCACCGGUAAACAGCACAGCAGCCCCAACUAUGCCUCCCAAGGGCGGAUGCCAACCUUCAUGGACAAAAUUUGGCACAAAGUGUUAUAAGAUUACGUACGAACGCCAGAUCACAUGGGAAGAGGCAAGAACUCAGUGCAUCAGUAUUGGAGCCAAUUUAGUGUCCAUUCCAACGAGACAAGUGCAAGCAUUUUUGAUCACUAGAAUGCUCACAGCAACAAAUACAGGUCUAUGGAUAGGUUUAAACAGCCUAAAACAAGAGGGAUUUUUCUGGACUGAUGGCAAAACACGGAAGUACACCAACUGGGGUUAUGGUAAAUUUCAACGACGUCCUGGAUCAUUUUAUCAAAGAUGGGAUGAGGAGGAGUGCGUGUUAAUGUCCACCAAUUCAGCGACCGGGAUCGGCAAAUGGCUGAUAAAGUCCUGCAAUGACACAAAUGGAUUCAUAUGUGCCAAAAAUAUUAACCCAGGUUUUCCAGGUAACACAGAUCCAAUUGAUCCUCUCAUCUAUCAACACCUGGGAAAUGAUAGCAUUAAGGCUGUGACUCAAAAUCUGACCUGGUACAACGCCAAGAAACAGUGCGAAAGUGAAAAGGCCAGUUUGGCCAGCCUACGAAAUGAGUGGACAAAUGCCUAUGUUGAACUACUGGCUUUGACCCUCAAAGCUCCUCUGUGGAUUGGACUAAACAAAAAUGAGACUCAAGGUUAUUUCCGGUACAUUGAUGGCUGGCACCUGAGCUCCAGCAACUGGGCCGAAAAUGAACCAAGCAGGGAUAAACCAUGUGUGUAUGUAGAUGUUGAUGGAAAAUGGCGAACAGCUUUCUGCAACCAGACUUUGAAUAGUGUCUGCAUGCAGUCUACAGAUGUUCCACCUACAGAGUCCUCUGUAUUUCCUGGAAGCUGCCCUGAAGAUACCAAUGUGGAGUACCAGAAUAGUUACACUUGGCUGCCAUAUAAAGGCAAUUGCUAUUUGUUUGUGACAGAUGAAAUUGAAUGGGCAGAUGCAGCUAGCAGCUGUGUAAGACAUGGUGGAGUUCUGACAAGUAUUGAAGAUCCUUCAGAGCAACAAUUUCUCCAAAGCAACAUAGAAGUAUUCCAAGACAGCCACAACUCAUUCUGGGUGGGUUUGUUUAAAACACACAAAGGGACAUGGGCAUGGUUAGAUAAAACAGUCUUUGACUAUAGUAACUGGGAUGAAGAUGAGCCUGAUUCUGAUUUUGGAGCUAUCAGAACUACAAAUGGGAAAUGGAAUUCAGGCCGCAGAUGGCAUGAUAGAUCAUAUAUUUGUAAAACACCUAAAGUUAUACUCAAUGACUUACCAUCGAAAUCAAAACAAGAAGGAGGUGACAAUCUACGCAGCCGUGUUCACACAAGUUUGGUGGUUGUGAUGCUCAUUGCCAUCUUCUCCACACUGAUGGUUGUUGCCUUCAUGGUCUACAAGAGAUCUCCUCGCUCCUUCCCCACCUUUGACAAUCCACUGUACUUCAAUGGCGAUAAAUCUCCGCCUGACGUGGUUGACACUAAUAAACUGAUCGAGAAUGCAGAACUUCCCUCAGAAAAGCUGGAGCCCAUUUUAACUCUGUGAUUUAGGAAUUUGAAAAAUGAACAUCUUGCAAUCUAGUUUAAAAUGAAUUUUACUGUAUACACACACAACUAUGCUUAUAUACUGUGUUUUCACUGCAUAUAUCCAGUAAUUUAACAUUUACCGUACUUGUUAUUUCUCUUCCCAUGGUUGAAUGUAUAUAAUGGCUAAAUCCAAGGCUCGUUUAAUAGAUGCUGUUUAUUGCUAUUACUGUGUUAAUGUACGAAUAAAGUCACUAGAUGUCACUGUUAAGAAAAAGAUACUAAAGCUUUUCACUAUUCUACCAUUUAUUUUUUAUAAUGUUUAAACAUUGUAGUAUAUCCUCUUGUCAUCAGAAAAUAUAAAAUUUUCUGUCUCAUUUUGUUGA